AUGGAUUCUUAUUCGAUUGUUGAUAAUAUCGGUCGAAAGCAAUAUUCGAAUGGAAAAAGAAUUAAUGGCUUAUGUCACCAAACCUGCACAAAUUUUUCCCUUGGGGCUAAAGAAAAAGCCAAAAAGUAUUUUUCCAGGUUCUACAAAUUCCGACAAAUGGACUUUGAGUAUGCGUCUUGGCAAAUGGUCAGUAUUUUUGUGUCACCUCAAAGACUUUACAGAAAUUUCAGUUACCAUCAUUCCACUCGUAAUCAAUGGGCUCGAGACGAUCCCGCCUUCAUGAUUCUUCUUAUCCCUUGGAUUUUUAUUUCAACUUCGGUAUACUCCGCCCAUCUCGGCCAUUCCUUUUUCGGUUGGUUGAAACUUCUUUUUUGGUCAAUCGUCUUCGAGUGUAUAUUUUCGGGUCUUAUUGUGGCGUCGUUCAUGUGGAUUAUUUCUAAUCGCUGGAUGAUCCGGAGAGAACAUUCAGGUGGUUCUUCAACUAGCACAACUAUUUUUGGAAGUCCCAGUAGGGCCACUAACAACUACACCCGCCGUUCAUCUAUGGCUUCAGACGAUGAAUCACUAAACUCUGAUGGAUCCUAUUCUCACCCUCCGAUUGUUGAGUGGGCAUACGCAUUUGAUAUUCAUCUGAAUGCAUUCUUCUCUUGCUUUAUUAUUCUUCGCAACAUCCAACCUGUUUUCUUUUACUUUAUUCGCGGAAAAACUAUUGCGAGUAUUUUAUUAGGAAAUACUUUCUGGCUUGUUGGAAUUCUCUACUACGUCUACAUAACUUUUCUCGGCUACAAAGCUCUUCCAUUUCUUCGGCGAACUCGCGCUAUCUUACUCACGGGGACAGUAAUUGUCGUUCUCUACGUUGUCUCCUUGGUGCUGCGUUGGAAUUUGACCAUGGGAAUGUGCAGUUUCUAUAGUCUGUUUUAA